CACUUUGGUGAGCUGUUGCUUAGCAGCUAAUAAUAGGCGAUGUUUGCAAAGUAAUUUGCCUCUUCCUUGGCCAAUGGGAGCCGGAGCACUUUUCCAUCAAGCCUCCCUUUUCAGGAUUUGCCGAGAGGCGAACUUCUCCAAAUGUUGCCGCUACGGGAUCGAAGUUAGACUUUACACGGACGGCUCACACAUAGGCUACUACUACUACUACUACUACUACUACUACUACUACAGCUCCUCUCUGAGACGUCGUUUCACAAACUGUCGGGACGAAUGAAGACUGAAGGAUCUAAACGGAUUUCGGCGCAUAAUGUUGGGAUGGAGCUUCGAGACUUGUUUGGCUCCAUGGAAGACUAGAAAACCCCAUUCGUCGCCGGUGGUGCUGGAUGCGCUCCACUUCUAUGUUGGAUUAUUGUCGCUUUUUCUGAACUCCCACCGAUUCUGUGUCGCAUCGUUCCGCGUUCCGUUUAUCCUCUUUGGACUAUGGCCUCGGAUCGCGGGGUCCCAGGGGCCGGCGUCUAUGGAGAUUUACCCCCGAGUUAUAUGCGCUCCCAGCCGCCAGCGAACCCAGACCUACUCCGGAGACCCAGCUACUGCCACGCUGCUUUCGCACUUAAACAGAUCUCAAAGGGGAAGGCGGUAGGUCAGAAAGCUCCUCUGUGGAUCCGGGCGAGGUUCCAGGCCUUCCUGUUCUCUCUGGGCUGCCACAUCCAGAGGCACUGUGGGAAGGUCCUCUUUAUCGGACUCUUAGUAUUUGGGGCUCUGUCUGUGGGACUCCGAGUCGCAGCUAUUGAAACCAACAUCGAGCAGCUAUGGGUGGAAGCUGGCAGUCGGGUGAGCACAGAACUUCGCUAUACCAAGGAGAAGCAGGGAGAGGAAUCAGUAUUUACCUCACAAAUGCUUAUCCAGACCCCCAAAGAGGAGGGCACUAAUAUUCUUACCCAGGAGGCUUUGCUGGUUCACAUGGAAGCUGCCCUGUCCGCCAGCAAGGUGCAGGUGUCACUGUUUGGAAAAUCAUGGGAUCUUAACAAAAUAUGCUAUAAAUCUGGAGUACCUAUUAUAGAAAAUGUCAUGAUUGAAAGGAUGAUUGACAAGCUUUUCCCCUGUAUGAUAAUCACACCAUUGGACUGUUUCUGGGAAGGGGCCAAACUACAGGGAGGCUCUGCCUAUUUACCGGGUAUGCCAGAUAUCCAGUGGAUGAAUUUAGAUCCUGUCAAGCUGAUGGAGGAAUUGAGCCAGUUCACUUCCCUGGAAGGAUUUAGGGAGAUGUUGGAUAAAGCCCAGGUGGGACAUGCUUACAUGGACAGGCCAUGCCUCAACCCCUCAGACCCUGACUGCCCUGUCACUGCACCCAACAAGGAACAGGGAGAGAGUCCUGACAUUGCUGGGCAUCUCCAGGGUGGUUGCCAUGGUUUCAGCAGGAAGUUUAUGCACUGGCAGGAGGAGCUCAUCCUGGGAGGGCGGGUCAAAAGCAGCCAGGAUACUCUGAUGAGGGCUGAGGCUCUCCAAACCAUGUUCCUGUUGAUGAGCCCCAAACAGCUGUAUGAGCACUUUAAAGAUGACUACGAGAUUCAUGACAUCAACUGGAAUGAAGAGAAGGCUACAGCAAUCCUCGAGUCCUGGCAGAGGAAGUUUGUGGAGGUAGUUCACCAGAGUAUCCCAACUAACUCCAGUCAAUCCAUCCAUGCUUUCUCUACCACUACCCUUAAUGACAUCAUGAAAUCCUUCUCUGAUGUCAGUGUCAUCAGGGUGGCUGGAGGAUACCUCCUUAUGUUGGCAUAUGCCUGUGUGACUAUGCUAAGGUGGGAUUGCGCAAAGUCUCAGGGGGCCGUUGGACUGGCUGGGGUGCUGCUGGUGGCCCUGUCGGUGGCUUCAGGGCUGGGUCUCUGCUCCCUCCUUGGCCUGUCCUUCAAUGCUGCAACCACACAGGUGCUUCCCUUCCUGGCACUUGGGAUUGGUGUAGAUGACAUGUUUCUAUUGGCUCACUCCUUCACAGAGACUGGAAGUAACAUUCCCUUUAAGGAGCGCACAGGAGACUGUCUGCGUCGCACCGGAACCAGUGUGGCUCUGACUUCCAUCAACAACAUGAUUGCUUUCUUUAUGGCAGCCCUUGUGCCCAUCCCUGCCUUGCGAGCUUUCUCAUUGCAGGCGGCCAUUGUGGUCGUGUUUAACUUUGCAAUGGUGCUGCUCAUCUUCCCCGCCAUCCUCAGUUUGGACCUCCACCGACGUGAGGACAAGCGUCUGGAUGUCCUUUGCUGCUUGUACAGUCCCUGCUCCGAUCGCGUCAUCCAUCUCUCGCCACACGAGUUGUCAGACGCUGGAGAACAGCCUCACACACCCACGACAGCAACACCGCAUGCACACCAGUACACGGCGGGAUCGACAAUCACCACCAGCACGCAAAUCACCACCACAGUGCAGGCGUUCACACAGUGUGACUCAGCAGGCCAGCAUAUUGUCACGAUCCUGCCGCCUACCUCACAGAUAUCCACUAGCCCUCCUUCUAUCAUCGUCUGCCCCACGUCACAGGCUCAAGCCAUCUCACCCUCCCCUACCACCAACUCCGUACCAGACCCCUAUGGCUCCCAACUCUUCACUCCUACUUCCAGCUCCACACGAGACCUCUUAGCUCAGGUGGAAGACUGCAAAACGGGAAAGAAGUGUGUCCCAUUCCCUUUCCUUCACUGGAACCUGUCCAGUUUUGCCAGGGAUAAAUAUGCCCCACUACUCCUCAAGCCCAAAAGCAAAGCCAUUGUGGUUAUUCUCUUCCUGGGCCUCCUGGGACUCAGCCUGUAUGGCACCACCAAGGUGCACGAUGGCCUUUACCUAACUGAUAUUGUGCCACGUGACACCAAGGAGUAUGAUUUCAUUGAUGCCCAGUUCAAGUAUUUUUCCUUCUACAACAUGUACCUGGUAACCAUGGAUGGAUUUGAUUACGCCCGGUCUCAAAGGUUACUGAUACAGCUGCACAACGCCUUCAACUCUGUCAGAUAUGUGGUCAGAGACAGUAACAACAAACUACCCCAUAUGUGGCUGCACUACUUCCAGGACUGGCUCAAAGGUCUUCAAGCUGCUUUUGAUGCUGACUGGCAGGCAGGCAGGAUUACUGCUGACAGUUAUAGGAAUGGCACAGAGGAUGGAGCUCUGGCAUACAAGCUCCUCAUCCAGACCGGCUCCAAGAAAGAGCCUUUUAACUACAGCCAGCUGACCUCUCGUCAGCUGGUGGAUGCAGAGGGUUUGAUCCCCCCAGAGGUGUUUUACAUUUACUUGACAGUCUGGGUCAGUAAUGACCCUCUGGGCUACGCUGCAUCCCAGGCCAACUUUUACCCUCAUCCAAGAGAAUGGAUUCAUGACAAAUAUGACACCACAGGAGAAAAUCUGCGCAUCCCAGCUGCUGAGCCCUUGGAGUUUGCUCAAUUCCCCUUUUACCUGAAUGGCCUUCGUCAGGCCAGUGACUUUGUAGAGGCCAUCGAGAGUGUGCGGGCCGUCUGCGAUGAGUUCAAUCGCCAGGGCGUGUUCAACUACCCGAACGGAUAUCCCUUCCUGUUCUGGGAGCAGUACAUUGGCCUCAGACACUGGUUUCUCUUGUCGAUCAGUGUGGUAUUGGCCUGCACAUUCCUGGUUUGUGCAAUUCUACUGCUCAACCCCUGGACAGCUGGUAUCAUUGUGUUUAUCUUGGCCAUGAUGACUGUGGAGUUGUUUGGCAUCAUGGGUCUGAUUGGCAUCAAGCUCAGUGCCAUUCCUGUGGUCAUCCUGAUUGCUUCAGUGGGCAUCGGAGUGGAGUUUACUGUUCACAUCGCUCUGGGCUUCCUGACAGCGAUUGGCAACAGAAACAAGCGCUCGGCAGUGGCACUGGAGCACAUGUUUGCCCCAGUGGUUGAUGGGGCGAUCUCCACCUUGCUGGGUGUUCUCAUGCUGGCAGGAUCAGAGUUUGACUUCAUCAUGAGGUAUUUCUUUGCUGUGCUAGCCAUUCUAACUGUUUUGGGGAUGCUGAAUGGCUUGGUUCUUCUCCCAGUCCUCCUCUCCAUGAUGGGACCUCCGGCUGAGGUCACCCCUGUUGACAAUGCUAGCUGCCUGCCAACACCUUCCCCUGAACCGCCUCUGCCUCCACCAAUGACCCACCAUGGGUACUACACAGGCCACCACAACCAGAGGUCAGCUCAUCAACAAGCAUUUUCAGAGUCAUCAGACUCUGAGUAUUACUCUGAGUUGACCACCACAUCAGGAAUUGGAGAGGAGGAUUAUAAAUACUGUGACCGGAGUGCCUACCUAGCAUCACACACCAGCAUGCCGCCUGCAACAUCUCAUAUACUGCUGGAAGCCAGCAAGAACCCGAGCUUUCCCAAACUCACGGUGGUGAAACCAUUUAGAGAAAAUGUCACCGGUGGGAGGAUCGAACCAUUAUAUGAGUCCUCUCACAAUGCACAGUCACCUGUUGGCACUCAGGUUACAUGCUGGGAUGGAAACAAGCGGGAGCAGCAGAGUGGCCUGCAAAGAUUGCCAGCUCAGCCUUCGCAACACGACAGAGUUCACUAUCCUGGGAGGACUUGUCAAAGUGGCCCGCGGUUGCAGAACGGCAGGGGCCCACAGCCAAACAGGACUAAAGGGCCCAGCUAUAGCCAUAGCAACUCAGCCCUGCCAACACAGCAACUCUCCACUGGGGGACCUGUUACCAUGGUUACAGCCACAGCCUCAGUGACAGUGGCUGUGCAUCCAACUUUACCAGGGGCAGCAUACCAAGGCUACAUGCAUGAAGGUUUUGACACAGACAGUGAGUCAGACUGUUUUGAAGCUGCUAAAAGGACCUGUAGUGACAAAACAAACUUUUCUUCAUGUAAAAGAGACUCUUUAGAGCUCCAAGACUUGGAAGCAACACAGGGCCAGACAGAGUAUCAACUCGGCAAGACACAAGGUGGGCUGAGGAUCCAGGCAUCCAAAGAUUGCUAGACUCUCUCACAAGCUGUGCCCUCUCACUUCGAGUCUCUGGUUCUCAGAGCACCUUGAUGUCCGCAUGGCGUCACAUCACAUCUUGAACUCUCAACUGUAUAUAAAUGUCACAGAAAAAAAUUGAGAGGAUUCAGGUCAAGGACAUGAAAAAAAUGACUUGUUUUAAGAAUUUUAUAAAUCUAUGAGCAUAUAUUUUAAUACUAAAAAAAACAAGAGGGAAGCUAUUUAAAAGAGUACUGUAUAACUUGGGUAUACUCUUGUGUAAAAGUUCAGAUGUAAAAGAUUAUUGUAAUGUGGAUUGUUGGAAUUUAUUUCCCCUCCACACUGUAUAGAAUGUGCUGUAUGUUUUCAAAAAAGUGAGAUGCUAUUAGGAUAUUGAACAUACAUGGUCAGUGUUUUAUUUCUAUUUGAACUUUUUUUUUAUUUGCUGCUACACUUCAAUAUAAUUUUAAGCAAUUUGCCUUAAAAAGUGCAGUACCCCCCUCUACCCCCUCUUUUUUAUAUAAGAAACUAAAUACCUUUCACAGUGUUAUACUGUGCGAUACUCUGCCUCUGACACAUUCUCUGUCACAGAGAAUUACACAGCAGAUACUGUUUAUUUAACAGUAGUAACCGCCGUGCCUUCAGACUGUCCCCCCUCCUUACUUGUCAUCGCCACGUUUAGCGGUCAGUAUUAUGUUUUUGCUUUGGAUGUAAAUACACAUUUUGUCUCAGCAAGACACAGAAUGCUUGUGAAAGGCAGUGACUGGCUGAUUUUUGGUUGUGAUUGUUCAGCCAUGAACGCUGGCAGCAUCACACCUAAUUCAGAUUUCAUGUUUUCUGUGUCAGGGUGUCCCAACAUCUUCUGCAGUUUUAAACUACUUGAAGGAGCUUUUAUUUCUGCAGUUUUCUAAGCUCUGCAGUGGGUGGUGUUAGUUUUUGUCACUUUGUGUUUGGCAAGUGUUCUCAAGUGUUGUUCACCUUUUUGUGUUAUUUUUAAAAGGGAAUUAUAAAAUGCAAAGGGAGUUAUUUUAUGUCAUCUACACCUGUUUUGUUUCAGUGCUGGCUGCUUUGUGACUGUAUCAUGUUGUAAACUGAUACAGUCUUUCUUAAUGCCACAACCUGCUUUGACUCACUUUCUAAUUCUUUGCUGUUCCUUAAUACAAACCUCAUUUAUGCCACAUUAUGUUUUCUUGCUUUACAGUUUCAGUUCUUGUUCAGUAUUGGUCACAUCACUGCCAGGUUAAAUUGCAGGGAUAAACUUGCGGAUCUGUUAUUUUUAUGUCAUGUUUUAAGUGGCAGCUUGUUUCUUUUUUUUUUUUUUUUUGUUGUUGUUGUUUUUUUUUUUUGUAAAUACAAGAAAAGAGUCAAGUAGCUACCGCAGUUGUGGAUGAUUAAGUAAAACAAGCAAAGUGCCAUUUUCAGUGUGAUCAGACAGCCAGGAGGGUACAUCAGAUGAUGAGAAGGAGAUUUUUGGGGGGAGGGAGAGGGGUUGAGGGGGAGCUCCUGCUCCUGGUUUGUAGUCUAUUUCAAAAGAACUGUUAAUGUCAUGCCAUAUAAAUUAUUUAUAUUAAAAAAAUUUAUUUUUGUAGUUUGUACAGAUGUUAGUAUCUAGACUGAAGUUCUAUUUUUAAAGAGUAAAUAUAUAUUAUAUAUAAAUAUAUAUCUAUUUGUGGCUGAAUUUGUUUUUGUUUUAUUGCCUUUUGGGAUGGUGGGAGGGGGUAUAUGAGGGGUAGGAGGUGGCAAUGUGUAUGUGUGUGUGUGUGUGUGUGUGUGUGUGUGUGUGGGUGGGUGGUUGGUAGUGUGAGCAUGUAUGUGGAGCAAAGAGGCAGAUGGAGGGCUAUGAAGGAGAAGGUGUGUAGGAAUGUGUCACUGUUACAUGUGUUUGAAUUUCCUCUUGGCCUUUCCUUCUUCAUUGUCAUUUUUAAGAUGUAUUUGUCCAUGUCUGAAACACUGUGACUUCUGAAAACUAUGCUCAAGAAAACCCAUGUGUGACCGUUAUGUUCCCUCACCUGCUAUAGAAAUUUAACUAACAAAAUAAAUUCAAUGA